AAAUCAUAUUAUCAGAAAAUGAUAAUCUGAAUAGCUUAACAAGGAUUGAUUCGCUUCUAGAACUAGUACAAACAUCUGAAAGACUUAAAAUUAAAGCUGUUUCAAAAUUGGAACUCGAAAUAGAGUCUAAGACUGAUGAAUUUUCAUCAUUUUGUUUACAAUGCCUAGUUCUAGUAGAUUUUAGAAUAAACAAUUCAAUCCCUCUUUCUAUAUCUUUGUGA